UGACCUCACAGUCACAAGUUCACAAUUCAUCGUCCAGUUAGGACGUGUGACUCAUUAAAAAAAUAGAUAAAAAUGUUUAUUUUGGCGUUAAAAGUGUUCCUGUUAAUACUUUAUCAAGUACAUAGUGAGUCUGACACGAAAUCGUACACCGAAUUAAAUGGCUGUGAUAUCGGCGACUUGGCAGAUGAAAUUGCCUCUUAUGAUACCGAUGUCAGAGAUAUAAUAGAUUACGUCGUGAGCGGUCCUUUCAAAGGGAAGACUUAUUAUGAAUUGGCAAAGUUUGUAGAUCUAUUUGGAGCUCGCCCUUCUGGGUCUAAAGUUCUUGAGGACUCCAUAGAUUACAUGAUUCAGCUUACACGUCAGGAGGGUAUACAAGAUAUCGUUACAGAAGAUGUUGAGGUACCCCAUUGGGUUAGAGGAACAGAGAAAUUGUCAAUGGUUCAACCUAGAAUCAAGGACAUUUCGAUAUUAGGUCUCGGAAGAAGUGUAAGUACUCCACCAAAUGGCCUAUCAGCAGAAGUUAUAGUUGUGAGAAAUUUUGACGAAUUAGCAAAAAUACCGGAUAAAGAUGUUGAAGGAAAAAUUGUACUUUACGAUCCCAAAUUCAUAAGUUACGGCGAAACUGUCGUAUAUCGAUCUCAAGGUGCUGCAAAAGCUGGAGCAAAAGGAGCUGUUGCUUCUUUGGUUAGGUCUAUUGCUCCGUUUUCAAUUAACUCACCACAUACUGGAUCUCAAAAUUAUGACGACAAUGUGACCAAGAUACCUACAGCUGCGAUAUCACUAGAAGAUGCGGAUUUGAUUAGGAGAUUUUAUGAUAGAAAGGAAAAAAUUGUCCUCAAUUUAACAAUGUCCUCAACAUAUGACACAAAAAUUUCAAGAAAUACUCUUAUAGAUCUCAAAGGAACAAACUACCCUGAGCAAUUGGUAAUUGUCUCUGGUCACAUAGAUAGCUGGGAUGUUGGUCAAGGCGCGAUGGACGAUGGUGGCGGUCUUUUUGUUAGUUGGGCAGCUCCUUUAAUAUUAAAACGACUUAAUUUGAGGCCGAAAAGGACUCUUAGAUCUAUUUUUUGGACUGCUGAGGAACUAGGACUUGUAGGUGCCUAUGCAUAUGAAGAAAAACACAGGAAAGAUAAUCAUAAAAUAAACUUUAUAAUGGAAUCAGAUGAAGGCACAUUCUCUCCCCGAGGUUUAGUAGUAGCUGGUACUCCAAAAGCACGUUGUAUAGUAGCAGAAAUUUUGAAACUAUUUGAGUCCAUCAAUGCCACGACGUUAGUGGAAUCUGAUAGCCCUGGAUCAGAUAUAGCUGUUUUAAUUCAAAAAGGUAUUCCAGGAGCCAGUUUGCAUAAUGCGAAUGAGAGGUAUUUCUGGUUCCAUCAUACUGAAGGAGAUACCAUGAAUGUUGAAGACCCCGAAGAACUUGAUUUAUGUACUGCAUUUUGGACCUCUGUGGCGUAUAUUAUAGCUGAUAUUUCUGCCGAUAUCCCUCGAUAACAUUUUAUUGUGAUAUGUGUUACAUCUUAAUAAAAUUAUUAUUCAAUAA